CCCCCCUUGAAGCUGCUCACACUCAGCAUGAUGUGAUGUGGUGGAGAGAGGAACAGGAAAAUAACAGCACAAAGAUGCUGAACAGCUGAUGGAGUUUCUCAUCAGUGGAGACUUUGAGGCUGAUGUAUGAGUGAAGCUGGUUCAGUCUGCAGGACACACACAAGCCGUGAAACAUGGCCUCUGCAUCACAGUCUGCUGAAGGUUAUAUCGGAAGUGCAAGACGCCACCUUGUGGGCGAAUUAAAGAAUCUAUCUGUGAUUUUAGAGAACUUAUAUCAGCGAGGAGUUCUCUGUGAUGAAGAGGUCAGUAAAAUACAGGCAGAGAAGGACGACUACGACAAAACCAGAAAAAUACUGGACUCAGUCACAAAAAAAGGGGAAAAAGCCUGCUAUGAGUUCCUCAAAAUUAUUGACAUGACAAGGAAGAGGACUUUGGAGAGACCACCUCUUCAUCCUGGCACCAAGACGUUUGACCUGCAUCACUGGAUCAGCUGCUUUUCCUUCAAGGAAGACACACAAAUGAAUGCAAACUAUUUACAAGGACCACGGCCGUGCCACAGAUAUCAGGAAAAGUUAAAGUCAAAUGCAAAAGAGAUGUCAAAAAAGUUUUGGGGAGAAAGUAAAAAGCUGUUUGGAGGAAAGAAGAAGCCUGAUCUGUCGUACGCAACACUUGUAUUAGACACAGACGAAAGUGUUUCUCCGUCUAAAAUAAAGAAAGUGAAGAAAAAGAAAAGCAAGCUGAGUCGCCCUAAAAAGAUGAGAAAAUACAUCCCUGAGGAGAAACCAGACAUUUCCCCCAGUGAGCUGCUGGAAACCGAUAAAAACAUUCUCUUGGUUGGAAAACCUGGAAUUGGAAAGACAGCACUGACUCAUGAAAUGUUGAGACUCUGGGCAGAAAGAGAAAGCAAAGAGCUCGAUUACAUGUUUUACUUUUGCAUGAGGGAAACAUCUGACAUCAUAAGGGCCAAAAACUUAGAGGAACUUCUUUUUGGUGUGUUCUGUGAACCUGAUGAAGGCAAAGAUGAGGUCUUACAGGAUAUAAAGAGACACUCUGACAAUGUCAUAAUAAUUUUUGAUGGGAUCACAGAUCUCUCCUCACAGGUGGUCAAGAAAGUUUUAACAAAGAAACUACUUCCUCUUGCAAAGAUCAUCAUAACAUGCAGACCAGAUGAUGAGGAUGAAGACUUCCUUUCUGGGGACUUUGACAGAAUGGAAGUGAAAGGCUUUAGUGAGCAGACUAUAAAAACAUACUUAUCUGCAACACUCGGUGAAGAUCAGAAGAAAGUUUUGAGUAACUUGGAGUUGGUAACACUUUGUCAUGUCCCCAUGUAUGCACUGAUGAUAGCUGCUUGCUUUAAAUCAGAUGACUCUCCACAGCCGUGUACAGUAACUGAGAUCUACAUCAAUAUUGUUCGAUUCUGCCUUCAGAUAAACAGCAAAACAAAGAACAAAGAUCUAAAUUCGUUCAUCAGCACCAAGAAAGAAGAAAUUCUGUCUCUGGCUGAAGUUGCUUUUCUUGCAACUCAACAAAAAUCUGUGAACCUGACAAACCUGCCCUGUAAAGACAGCUGUGUCCUGUCCUUCCUGAAACCACUUCUCAUUAAGGAGGCCGUGACUGAAACAAUAACCACACAUGCAUUUCUCCAUUACACAGUGCAGGAGUUUUUUGCAGCACUGUGGAUCCUGAAGAAUCCUGAUAAAAUCAGAGAUGUUUUUCAGCAGUGCCUCACAGAGGAGAAGAAACACAUGAAACAUCUGAUCCCCUUCAUGUGUCGACUGUUGAAUGAGAAGAGCCCAAGUUUGAUGAAGCAUCUGAUUCCAGAUCAGGACCUGAAGAAUACAUCUAACUGGUUCUUCAAGGAGCUGAUAAACACAUUUCUUCCUCAUCUGUGUGAGCAAGAAGAGGCUGAUACUGAGGACAGUGGGCUCCAUGUUGACAUACUGUUCUUAUGCCAGUGCUUGUAUGAGUCCCAGAGUCCUGAAGCAUGCGUCUACUUUCUAAACAAGCUAAAAUACCGCCUUGACCUCAGUGGAGAGAGUCUGGAUACUUACCCUUGCUGUGCUGUGGCCUAUGUGGUCACUCAGAUGUUGUGA